AUGGCCAACACGGUUGACGUAACAAGAGCUUCCGAGUUGAAUGAAGCUACGGGGGGUCACACGGAUGGAAUGGUUCGCAAGGGAGCAAUUGUUGACAAGUCGGAUCAGCUAUGUGCACUAGUCAUGUGCGCCCAGCCACAUACCUCUUCAGCAGUCCACCAUCACGGCGAGCAGGAUACCAUGGUGUAUGCCGCUAAAGGUCACGGAUCCAUUGUAUUUGAUGGCGGAAAGAAACGGAAGGAUCUUUCGCCGGGUGAUUUUGCCAUUAUUCCUGCGUACACUGAACAUCAAGAGAUGAACCCAUCCGACAAGGACGUGGAAUGGGUUAUCACUAGAGGAGGACGGAAACCGGUCACGGUCAACUUGGAGGGUUGGAGUAAGACGUCCAACUGAGUUGGAGCUUUUUCAUGAAUGUCCCGGACAACCUCCGUAAUGCGGGU